AUGAGGUGCCCCAUUCUCGCCACUGUCCUCGGCCUUGCGUCGCUUGCCGUAUCUGCUCCUGCAGCACUUGUUUCGCGCCAGGCGUCUCUCGAGCAGGUCACAGACAGCUAUGUGUUCGACAUCUCCAUCGACGAGUUCAUCACAAACCGUAAUGCAAAGAACCCUCCUGAGUUAGAUUGGUCCAGUAACGGGUGUACUGCGAGUCCAGAUAAUCCGUUUGGAUUUGACUUCAUAAACUCCUGCUACCGCCACGACUUUGGCUACCGUAACUUCAAGGCGCAAGACCGCUUCGAAGCAAACAAGGCGCGAAUCGACGAUAAUUUCAAAACGGACAUGUUCAAUCAGUGUGCGAAUGAGUCAGCCAAGGCUCCUGGUUCCUCAGCUUCAGUAAACACAACGAUGUCGCCGGAAGAAGCUGAGGAAUUACAUGCCGUGGAUGCGCGAUUGCACAAGAGCACGCUGAGAAAGUUGGACUGCUUGUUGCUUCCGUUUCUGGCGCUGCUGUUCUUGUUUAAUGCGCUCGAUAAGUCGAAUAUUGGAAAUGCAGAAUCUGCGCACUUUACGGCGGAUGUCGGACUAGAUAAAGGUGCGCUGAAUACCGCUGUUGCGCUCUUCUUCGCCUUCUUCGUUACAUUACAACCCGUCGGCGCGGCGCUGGGAAGAAGAUAUGGCAUGGUGCUCUGGGUACCUAGUUGCAUGAUUCUUUGGGGAGUAUGCACAGCGUUGCAUGCGUGGGUACGGCAUAGAUGGCAGCUUUAUACGUUGCGCAUACUCAUCGGUUGUCUUGAAGCGGGAUUCUACCCAGUCACCGUCACAUAUCUCUCCCUCUUCUACACACGAUUUGAGUUCGGCAGACGGCUCUCAUUCUUCUACGGUCAGGCAGCUGUCGGCGGUGCUCUCGGUGGCCUUAUAAGCUACCUUGUCUUCUCCCACUUCGGGAAUGAUGAGGGAGGCUCGGACAAAGAUUGGCGACCGUGGCAGGUGCUGUUUUUACUCGAGGGCAUACUCACUAUCGUCGUGGCAUUCAUCGGAUACUUCUGGCUACCACACAGCAUAGAAACGGCAUGGUUUCUGACACCCGAGGAACGUCAGUAUGCAUCGGCGCGUGUUGUGAGAGAUCGAGACAUACAGAAUGCGCCUGCGGCCGCUCAAGAAGACGAGCACGAAACGGAAGAUACCUACGACGAGGAGUCCCGAGGCCUUCUUGACUCGUCCAAGCAUUCAACUUCCACAAUCACACCAACACGACAACUGGUGGAUGACCGUGGACUCAGUCCCCACGAUAUACUAUCCGCAGUCUUCAACACCAAGAUUUGGCACAUUCUAGCCUGCAAUGUCCUGUCCGCCAUCCCGGUCUAUGCCUUCUCCGUCUUCCUCCCGCUCGUACUAGCACCUCUGACCGAGGAUGCGAACCCUGCGCUCAUCAACUUGCUCACUGCGCCGCCACAUAUCUGUGGAGCCAUCGUACUAUACUUCGCCGCUAGCUAUAGUGACAAGCAUCGCAUACGCCUCAAGCCGAUCAUGUUGGGUCUGCUCAUCAUGGUAGCGGGUUUGGUUCUCGUGGUUUUGCUCCCAAGCUCGUGGGCAGUACCCCGCUACGUCGCCCUUAACAUCCUCCUCUCUGGCACCUACAUUGCUUCCCCACUCACUGUAGCCUGGAUAUCUGGUAACACACCAUCACCCGGCAAGCGCGCAUUGCUCCUCGGUAUCAAUGGCUGGGGCAAUCUUGCUGGAGUAAUCUCCGCCAUUCUGUUCCGACCAAAAUAUGCCGCGGGUGGCUAUAUUGUGCCUUUUUGGUGGACACUUGCGUCCGUUGCAUUAGCAGCUUUCGGAUAUGUGUUUUUCUACAGACGUUUGAAAGUCGAGAACGAGACAAGACAGGGCGUUUUGCUCAAUGACAUGGCGAAUGUGACCAUACCCGAUGACCCACAAUACCACUCCUGGAAGCCCGAGCCGUUGUCUCGCGGUACGUUUUCCAUACUUUCGUCCUCGCUCUUAACGAUGAUCCUAUGUGUCUGGACAGCUGUUCAUUUGAACAUUCCCGAGCACAACAAAGCUAUUGCGCAAAUGUGGCGGAAGUUAGGCUGGAUGUUGAUAGCACUGUUUGCUCCAGAAUGGGUAACUCGCACCACUCUAUGGCCUUCUGAACGAGUGCCGACUGAAGUAAGGUCGUCUGGACCGCUUUUCACCAGCACGUUGACGCAACAAGAAUAG